UGUGACGACAAACCUAAAUGUGACGGCAAGCCUAAAUGUGACGGCAAGCUUAAAGGUGACGGCAAGCCUAAAUGUGACUGUAAGCCUAAAUGUGACGACAAACCUAAAUGUGACGAUAAGCCUAAAGAUCAUGUUGUGCCAGUGUGCCCACCACCUAAAGAUCAUGUUGUGCCAGUGUGCCCACCGCCUGUCCGAGCGUGUUGUAUGGAUUGUUGCCAGGGGCAUGCAGGUGGGUCGUGCUGCAGUGGUUAUGGUGGCAAGAAAAAAGAUGACUGCAAGCCUAAAGAUCCUGUUGUGCCAGGGUGCCCACCGCCAGUCCGAGUAUGUUGUAUGGAUUGUUGCCAGGGGCAUGCAGGUGGGUUGUGCUAUAGUGGUUAUGGCUGCAAGAAAAAAAAUGACUGCAAGCCUAAAGAUCCUGCUGUGCUAGGGUACCCAAUGCAUGUCCGCACAUGUUGUAUGGAUUGUUACCAGGGGCAUGCAGAUGGGCCGUGCUAUAGUGGUUGUGGCGAGCGGCUGUGCUACAAUGGCUAUGGCGGGGGACCAGUCCCGUACAUCCAUUAUGUUGGUUACUAUGGGAGGCCUGUGUAUGACAGUUAUGGCGGUGGCAGCAGGGGGUAUUGUGAAGAAAAUCCCUCAGCUUGCACAGUCAUGUAAAUCAUCGAUCAUCUUGUUGGACCAUGACACCUACUUCAAUCACGGGAUAAUAUUUCAGCAGUGUUUGUUGGUUGAUAUUAAUAUUAUAGGAAAACGAAUGAAAAAAAAAAAAAAAAAACUUUAGUUUUAAUGUAAAAUGACAAAUAAAGGUGGUUUUUCAUUAAAACUUCCUAUAAUUAUAGGAGGGCCAUGUAUAUUGUUAAGUGAAUAAUAAAGUUGGUGGUUGUCAAGUCA